AUGUAUAAUCUCCCUCAAUCUCAUUAAAGCCUCCUGCUGUCUCUCACACUCUCCUCCUCCUCCUCUCUGUCUUUCAUUCUGUCUCUCUUUCCUCAGUGUGUUCGCGGGUCUGUUCGGGAAGGGUCGGGAUAACUGGAUUAUCAUCUGGAUUCGUUUAUGAAGUGGAUUUCUGCGCGUAAAUGCGUCGCUGACUGAGAGUUCACGUGAUUUUUUUUUUCCCGCUCUAACGGCGCGAUUCUCUGAUUUUAAACGGUUUAUUCUAUUCGAAUAUUGAUUUGUGUCCGAUUCUAAUGAAUCUGAUAACUUCAUCAUGAGCGGUUCUGAAACCACGAACGAGUCCAAACUUGAGGCUGUGAUUCAGAGGUUGGAGGAGAGCGUUCUGUCCGAAGAAAAGCGGCUGACGGUUCGAGGAUCUUCUCCAGAUGAACCCGCGUCCAGUUUACCGGCCCGCGUGCGCGAGAUCGUCUCCAGAAACCUGAGCGACAGCGCGGGAGGCAUGUCGUCGGGUCUGUCGGUCCAGGAGGAGAACCGGGUUCUGCAGGCAGAACUGAGUCGUGUGGAGGAUCUUCUGGCUCACAGUCGAGCAGAACGAGAUGAACUGGCCAUCAAAUACAGCGCCAUCAGCGAGAGACUGGAGCAGGCGCUGCGGCUGGAGACGGCCGAGGACGGGCGGGACUCUCCUGAGUCUCGCAGUCUGGCGCAGCAAAACGUGGAUCUGCGCAGACGGCUGGACGAGGAGCAGGCGGCGUAUAAACGCAAGCUCACGGCGUAUCAGGAGGGGCAGCAGAGACAAGCACAGCUCGUACAGAAACUACAGGGCAAGGUCCUGCAGUACAAGAAGAAGUGUGGAGAUCUGGAGCAGAUGCUGCUGGAGAAAUCUACUGGCGGCAGUAACGGUCACCGGCACGACGACGACGAGCCCAGCAGCGAGCUGGAGAGCGCCCUCAUCCGCCUGGAGGAGGAACAGCAGAGGAGCAGCGGUCUGUCGGCGGUCAACGCUAUGCUGCGAGAGCAGCUGGAACAGGCCGGACUGGCCAACGAGGCGCUCAGCCAGGACAUCCGCAGACUCACUGCUGAUUGGACCAAAGCGAGGGAGGAGCUGGAGCAGAGGGAAUCUGAUUGGAGGAGAGAGGAGGAGUCUUUCCACAGCUACUUCAGCAGCGAGCACAGCCGUCUGCUGGCGCUCUGGAGGCAGGUGGUGGGCUUCCGCAGGCACGUCUGCGAGCUGAAGAGCGCCACCGAGAGGGAUCUGUCCGAGGCGCGUAACGAGCUGGCGUGUGCGGCGCAGAGCGUGCAGCUGCAGUGUGUGAGUGCCUGCGCGGCUCUGCGCAGCCGUGAGGAUGGGUCUGCGCAGCUGCUGGAGAGAGAGACGGGCCAGCGGCUGCAGCUGGAGCAGCAGCUGAGAGAGACGGUGACGGAGAUGAUGACGCUACAGGCCAAGAGCGACUCGGAGAGGGCCGAGCUCAACACACGGCUGGUGGAUGCAGUGAGAGAGCUGGAGCGUCUCAAAGCUCGUGUGGAGGACCGAGAACAGGAAGUCGCAGCACUCAACAGGAAACUGCAGGAUCAGAGGAGCCUUGAGGAAACUGAAGUUAAUACACUCAGGACACACACCGCAGCGCUGCAGAACACACUCAGAGACAUCACACAGCUGGUGUUCUCUGACAGUGACGGUGUGGACGGAAACACUGAAGAGUCUCUGCUGCCACUGCUGCGCUCUUCAUCCUCAUCAUCAUCAUCACUACCCAUCAUCCCUGACAGCUGUCUGUCUGCACUGCGCUCCACUCUGAACAACAGACAGAUCCAGCUACAGGAGCUGCGUGAGCGUCUGCAGUCCGCGCAGUCGUCAGUCCAGCAGCUGCGCAGGCAGCAGACGGAGGCGGAGUCGAGCCGGCGGGAGGCGGAGCUCCGUGUGCAGACGCUGCAGGGAGAGAGAGACGAGGCUCAGAGAGAGAGAGAGAAAGCUGUGAGAGAGAGAGACCGACUGAGACAGGAGAGAGAUGCGCUGAGCAGUGAGAAGGACGACGCAGGUAAAGCGGCGCAGGCAGCGCAGACGCAGGUGCAGCUGCUGCAGCUGGAGUGUGAGAGGCUGCAGCUGUCUGCGACGUCUGCGCAGAGAGAGCGAGAGCACGAGCGAGAUGAGAGAGACGCCGCCGCGCUGGAGAGAGACCGAGCACGAGCAGAGACGGACAGAAUUCAGCAGCUCUGGGACGAGUCCGAGUGUCGUGCUUCUGCACUGCGAGCCGAACUGGCGGCGCUGAGAGAGUCUCUCCAGCAGGGGGCGACAGACCGACAGCUGAUGGAGGCCGAGAACCGACAGCUGAGCGACGCACUCAGGCCGGGUCAGACACUCACUGCUGAAAGCAGUCGCGCUGAACUCUCGCUAACGGUCACGAAGCUUCACUCGGAGGAGUCGUCACUCCGAGAUUCUCUCGCUAAGAUGAGCGCCAUUAACGAGAGUCUCGCGCAGGACAAAUCUGACCUCAACAGCCUCAUCGUUCAGCUGGAGGAGGAAAAGAAUGCGCUGCUGUCUCAGCGAAGAGAAGCGCAACAAGAGAAACUGACCAUCAGAGACGAGCUCGUCCGCUCCGAGCAGGACCGGCUGGAGCUGGACUCUGUCCGUCUCGCUCUCCACCAAUCACUGCAGGAGUCUGAGCUGGCCAGGGCGGGGCUGGAGGCGGAGCUUCAGUCGCUGCAGGCAGACAGAGUCAAACUGCAAGACAGAAUUACACAGCUGAAUGGUGAGAUGGGCGGUCUGGAGGCGGAGCUUGGUUCUAUCCGCGGUGAAGGUGACAGGCAGAGCGCCGCUCUGGAGGAGGUGGGGCGUGGGCGGGCGGAGCUAGUGCGAGAGAGGGCGGGGCUUCUGGUUCAGCUGACGGCGUCAGAGAGAGAGAACGCCGCCCUGACUGAGGAGAUCGCCACCUUCAGGUCGGAGAGGGAGGCUCUGGAGACGAGUCUUUACGAGCUGCAGCAGCAGAUAAAUCAAACCGAGUCUCGCCGUGAGCAGCUGGAGUCGGAGAACCAGAACCUGAGAUUGCGUAACGACAGCACGACAGUGGAGCUGAAGCGUUUGCGCACGGAGAGAGAGACAGUUCUGUCUCAGAGUGAGAAAGAGAAAGACGCGCUGAGAGACGCGCUCGCGGCCGCUCAACACGAAGCACAGCGAGCUCUGCGCACGGCCCUGUCCGACCACCAGGAGGAGCUGGAGAGACUGACCAAUCAGAAGGAGGCGCUGCGCUGCAGACUGGAGGCUGAACAGGAGGGGGCGCUGCGGCGGGUCCGCGAACACCUGGAGGAGCAGAUGAUCCGGCUGGAGAGAGAGCGAGAUGAACUUCAGGAAGAGCUUCGUUCCUUGCAGCGCGACAGGGACCAGAGUCUGUUACAGGCGGAGACGGACAAACAACAGGCGCUGUCCAUGAAGGAGGCAGAGAAGGCGCUUCUGACGGAGAAGGUGAGCGCCCUACAGGCGGAGCUGAGCACUGCAGCACUGGAGCAGGAGAGACUGAGCCGAGAGACGGCGCUCCUCAGAGACCAGGAGCGGGCUGCAGUCGCGUCUCUAAAUGCUGAACUGCAGGAACUGCGCAGUCAACUGCAGGACGCAGCCAGUGCACAUGGCCGUGAGCUGCGCAGACUGCAGGAGAACUGCGCUGACCAGCAGACGCGAGCGGACACGGCUCUCAGAGAGUUGGAGGAGUGUCGCGCGCUGCUGUCGUCCAGUGAGGAGAGCCGGGACAGUGCCAGGAGAGAUCUUCUCGAGAUGGACAAGCGUUUGUGCCAGAUACGGGAGGCAGCGGAGGGGCAUAGGCGAGAUGGGGCGGAGCUACGGCGCUCUCUCAGUGAUGUCACCAAGGAGAGGGACGCUCUCAGCCAAUCCAACGCGCAGCUGAGGGAAGCCCUGAGAGCGGCAGAGAGUGAGAGAAUCAGCGUGAGGCGCGCGUGUGAGGAGGAGCAGCAGAAAGUGUCUCUGCUGGAGGAGAGUCUGGCGUCUGCGCAGAAGGAGGUGUCAGAUCUGCGCAGCUGUCUGCGUGAGGUGGAGAGAUCCAGACUGGAUGCGCGCAGGGAGCUGCAGGAGCUGCGCAGACAGGUGAAAGUUCUGGACGCCGAGCGCGAGCAGAAGGCCAAGCAGAUGGCUGAACUGCAGACGCGUCUGUCUGCGGAGGACCAGAAGGACGAGGAGCGAGCGAGAGAACUGAUCUCGUUCAAACAGAGACUCGCCGACACGGAAACUAGCAGAAACUCUCUUCAGAAAGAGCUGGCUUCUCUACAGAGGCGUCUGAGCGAGAGCGAGUUGUGUUGGCGCAGUCGUGAGCGAGAGUUGACGUCUCAGCUACAGGAAGCUCGCGGCUGUGAGAAGAAGCUUCAAGACGAGGCGCGUAACCUCUCCGUUCGCGCUCAGUCGACCUCUGAUGCGUCUGCGCAGCUGCAGCUGGAGCUGAGUGAGGCGCAGGGCCGUCUGGCUGCGACGGAGGCGGAAUUAUCGCGUGCAGAGGCGGGCCGCAGGGAUCUGGAGUUCAGGCUGUGCAGCCUGCAGUCGGCGCUCACGCGUACGCUGGGCAUCGGGGCCAGUGGGCGGAGCAGCAGCAGGGGGCGGAGCCCAGCAGGCUCCUCCCCUUCCUCGCUGACCUCGGGGAUGAUGUCUCGCCAUAGGAGCGUGUCUCCACUGCACUGCUCGCUAUCGCCACCCAAAGAUGUGGCAGGUAACAUCACUCCGGAUAACACCAUCGUGCUGCGGCCGCUCUCUCCAGAGAGGACAGACGCCCCGCUGCCCGUCGCCCUACCUGAGCUGGACCCGGAAACCCUGCGCAGCGGCCUCAGAGACUUCCUGCAGGAGCUGCGAGAGGCUCAGAGAGGCCGAGACGAGGCUCGGGGUCAACUGGGGUCACUGCAGAGGGAAUUAGAGGAAAUGACCACAGAGAGAGACGCCGCCCACCAGCGCCUCAUUCAGCUACACACCACACUACAGGAGUGCCAGGAGGAUAAGCGUGCUGUGGAUGGAAAACUGUCGUCGGCUCAAGCUCUGCUACAUCAGCAGGACGAGUCCCUGCGGAGAGGAGAGAGAGAGCGACGAGCGUUAAACGAGCGAAUCAAAGAGCUGGAGAGACUUUCACUGAACGCCGAGGCUGAGCGCAAGCGCGUGGAGGAGCAGUGCAGUAAGCUGCGCGCUGGCGAGGCACGUUUGGAGGCGGAGCGUCGGCGGCUGCGUGAGGCUCUGGAGGCGGCCGAGGGGCGGGGCACACGAGUGGAGUUGGGGAGGCGGAGUCUCGAGGGAGAGCUGCAGAGACUGAGACUGAGUCUGGCCGAGAGAGAGAUGGAGAUCCAGACGGCUCACGACCGCCACGAGAGCGCCGUCAAACAGGUGGCAGAGGGCGAAUCUCGCAUCUCGUCUCUUCAGCGGGAAGUGGACAGAUUGACGGCAUUGCUGUCUAAAGCUCAGGACGGAGAGAGCGUUCAGAAAGAGAGAGCGCUCGCUUUCUCCCAGAGCCUGCAGGAAGUCACCGCCGCCCACAGUGCCACCCAGGGGCGUCUCGCUGCGCUGCAGAAGACGCUGGGACAGGCUGAGAGCGAGCGCAGACAGCUGCAGGAGCGCGUGGACGGACUCAGAGCGUCUGCGUCGGACGGGAAGCGAAACAUCGCCGCCCUCACGGAGCGCGUGCAGACGCUGCAGUCGGAACUGAGCCAGAGUCAGCUGCGCAGAUCUGAGCUGGAGACAGAGCUGCACAACACACAGGAGGCUCUGCGGCAGAGGGUCGACGGCCUGACCGAGGCCCAGAGCAGUUUGCAGUCUGCGCAGACGGAGCGAGCGUCUGCAGAGGAGCGUCUGCGCAGCCUGCAGCGAGCCGUGGCCCUAUUGGAGACCGAGAAGAGAGAUGCAGAGAGACAGGCUGUCCGGCUGGAGAAAGACAAGGCCGCGCUGAGAAACACGCUGGAUAAGGUGGAGCGUCAGAAGCUGAAGACGGAGGAGAGCAGCAUGCGUCUGUGUGCGGAAAAAGGCCGCCUGGAUCGUUCGCUCAACACCGUUGAACAGGAGCUGCAGGACGCUCAGAGACAGAUCGUGCUGCUGCAGGCUCAGCUGGCCGAGCUGGAGCAGAGUCACAGCGCCAGCGAGCAGUCGGCCCGUCUGCGUGAGGACGCCCAGCGGGAGGCCGAGAGACUGCGCGUCAGUCAGAGAGAGGCCGAGCGAACGCUGGCCGCGCGCGAGAGAGCUCACCGGCAGCGCGUCAAGGGUCUGGAGGAGCAGGUGUCCACGCUGAAGGAGCAGCUACAGCACGAGAUACGCCGCAGAACGCCGUCGCUGCCGAGCUGAUCCAACGCUAUGCCUGACUGUGACCUCAUUAACAGUGAUCUGUGUGGUUAAUGUGCACAAUGGCUGUUCCUUUAAGGAUUAGUUCACUUCAGAAUUAAAAUGUCCUGAUAAUUUACUCUCCUCCAUGUCAUCCAAGAUGUUCAUGUCUUUCUUUCUUCAGUGGAAAAGAAAUGAAGGUUUUUGAGGAAAACAUUCCAGGAUUUUUCUCCAUAUAGUGGACUUCACUGGAGUUCAACGGGUUGAAGGUCCAAAUGUCAGUUUCAGUGCAGCUUCAAAGAGCUCUACAUGAUCCCAGACGAGGAAUAAGAGUCUUAUCUAGAGAAACCAUCGGACAUUUUCUAAAAAAAAUAAAGAUUAUAUUCUUUUUAACCACAAAUGCUCGUCUUGCACUGCUCUGUGAUGCACAUGGGGGUGAGUAAAUUAUCAGGAAAUUUUAAUUCUGAAGUAAACUAAUCCUUUAAUGAUAUAUGACCUUUUAAAGCCUGUUCACACCAAGGACAUAAACUAUAAAUAUAGAUAUAGUUCUAAAAAUAAUUCUAAAUGUAAAAGAAUAGCAGUUCACACAACUAUAAUGAUAACGGUACAGAGGAACUAUAUCGUUGGAAUCACAGAAUGAUUUUUCCAGCUGAUGGCAACAUUAAUUAUGUUUAUAGUUAUUGUUCUUGGUGUGAGCGGGCCUUUAGCCAUACUGAGUUUUUUUAACAGAAUACUGAAAGUGUGAAUCUAAUAUUUAAUGAAUAUUAAUAUUUACCCCAAAACCAAAAUUAUAAAAAUGGUAUUUUGCUUAAAGAAAACAAAGCUUAUUUUUUGGACCAAGAUUUGUUACAUUGCGACACUAUUAUAAUGACAAUUAAGCACAUUUUAUUCUCUAAAUUCUCUACCUAAUGCAAAAGAAAAGUUUUCUGGACAUAUUUUUAUGAGGUGAAUGUAAUACUGUUUAAUGAGUGAAUGAAACAUUCCCUGAACACUGACACACACUCGACACAAAUACUUGAAUAUUUUACUGUAAUAUUUAUAGUUUAUGUGAAUGUGACUCAGUGAAGUUAUCCCUGAUAGGUAUUUUUUUAAUACCUGAAAGCAUGUUUAUCAUUUGUAAUUCAGUUUUAUAUUGCUAUAUGUUUACCUCGACUGAUUGUUGACAGGUCAGAUUUAUUGAUCAGAGAUGUAAUCAACUCACCCUUCAAUGAAAUCCCCUCUGAAUCCGAUACAUUUCACUUACGUGAUUAAUGUUGAUCUGGAAAGUUGUCGUGUUGAUUUUAAGAGUGUCCAGUAUCACACUGAGAUUAAUUUGUCAAGCCACGAAUUCCGCGAUUCUCUGAAAAUGUAAAUUAUACGUGUCAAAAGUCCGUUAGAUUUAGGUCGCGUGCUUGACAUCGGCAGCGCGCGCACAGAGUUUUAACGGACUCUGACAGGAAUGGCGCGAAUUAGAGGUGAGACACUACGCUAUAACUUCAUUAAUUGUUAUAAUACAUUUUAAAGGCAAUAACAUUAAGGUGCAUGUUAAGUAAGGAGAAAAGAAGCGAUCGUCCUUCAGAUCUACCUGAAUCGCGUAAAUGGUAUUGUCGAUUGCAAUGAUAAGAAAAAUGGCAUUUUUUUAACUGCUAGUUUAUACUCUUCUCAGUCUUGUUUUAUGUGUGAAAUGUCUUUUUGUGUUGCUAGAAUGGUUUUUAUACACAUUAAAAUGACUUGAAAUGUUUAA